AACACCUUCCAAUCUAUGCUUUUUUCUUUGGAGUUGCAAUGUGCCUGAGUUAGUAAUCAUUUAAAUGAUAUUGUUAUUUUAUUACGUUUCUUGUAUUGUUGUAAGAUUUAUGAACUUGUAAGUUGAGAUUACGAUCUACCUAAUAGUCAGAAAACUAUACGAAUGUACAAUGCAGAACGUGAAAACACGUGAAUCAAAAUACACGUAUGUUGCCGGCCGGUAAUUUUGUAUACGUGAUAAAAUUGUAAACUGAGUGUUUGAAUAAUUAAAAAGUAUUAUUCAUAAGCCUAAUAAAUAUGGGUACAUUAACGAAGACAAGAGGUCUGCGGAUGUCUGCACAGAAACAGGAAACUCUUUUAAAGUUAACUGUGUUGUCUCUUGCAGCAAUUUUAUCAUUUGCAACAAGAUUAUUCUCUGUCUUAAGAUUCGAGAGUGUCAUUCAUGAAUUUGAUCCAUAUUUCAAUUAUCGCACAACAAAGUAUUUAGCUGAAAAUGGAUUUUAUAGUUUUCAUAAUUGGUUCGAUGAUCGUGUUUGGUAUCCUCUUGGCAGGAUAAUUGGAGGAACCAUAUAUCCAGGUUUAAUGAUAACAUCCGCAGCAAUAUAUCGUAUUUUAUGGUUAUUGAAUAUUACUUUAGAUAUACGUACUAUUUGUGUCUUCCUGGCUCCAUUAUUUUCUAGUUUAACAACAAUUAUAACUUAUAUGCUCACUAAAGAAUUGAAGGAUUCUGCGUCAGGAUUAUUCGCCGCAGCUAUGAUAGCAAUUGUUCCUGGUUAUAUAUCGCGAUCUGUGGCGGGCUCUUAUGAUAACGAGGGUAUAGCCAUUUUUUGUAUGCUGUUUACCUAUUACAUGUGGAUAAAAGCAGUUAAAACAGGAGCGAUUUGUUGGGCGACUUGUGCUGCUCUCGCGUAUUUUUACAUGGUGUCUUCCUGGGGUGGCUACGUGUUCUUAAUUAAUCUUAUUCCUCUGCACGUGUUAACUUUGAUGGUGACAGGCAGAUUUUCACACAGGAUAUAUGUUGCAUACAGCAUUCUCUAUUGCAUAGGAACAAUUCUAUCUAUGCAAAUAUCAUUUGUUGGUUUUCAACCUGUUCAGAGUUCUGAACACAUGCUUGCAUUAGGAGUUUUCGGACUUUGUCAAAUUCAUGCGCUAGUUGAUUAUUUGCGUAGCAAAAUGUCACAGGAUGACUUUGAAGUACUUUUCCGUGGUCUUGUUAUCUCCAUAGUUAGUAUUUCAUUCGUUUUGGGGAUUAUUUUAACUAUUACAGGUAAAAUAUCUCCAUGGACUGGACGUUUUUACUCUCUGUUGGAUCCGUCUUACGCAAAGAAUCACAUACCAAUAAUUGCUUCUGUUUCUGAACAUCAGCCAACGUCGUGGAGUUCAUUUUAUUUUGAUCUGCAAAUUUUGGUAUUUCUAUUUCCUUCGGGAUUGUAUUUCUGCUUCUCAAAGUUAACAGAUUCUAACAUUUUCCUUAUUUUAUAUGGAGUCACAAGUUUAUAUUUCGCCGGUGUAAUGGUCCGUCUAAUGUUAGUUCUUGCUCCCGUGAUGUGUAUUUUGGGUGGAAUCGGAGCAUCCUCUUUGCUCGUUACUUACAUGAAACAAUUAGAUGGUACAAAGGUUACUGACAAGAAAUCCAAAAAAUUCGAAAGCAAUUACAUACUGAAAAGCAAGAUUGCUACACUUUUCAUAACAGUAAUGUGCAUUCUCUUCUUUUCGUACACCAUCCAUUGCACGUGGGUUACAGCGGAAGCUUAUAGUUCACCCAGCAUUGUAUUGUCGGCGCGGUCUCCUGACGGUGGACGAAUGAUUUUCGAUGAUUUUAGAGAGGCAUAUUAUUGGCUGCGCAUGAACACACCAGAAAAUGCCAAGGUAAUGUCUUGGUGGGACUACGGAUAUCAAAUUACUGCAAUGGCGAACCGUACAAUUUUAGUAGACAAUAAUACAUGGAACAAUACCCACAUAUCACGAGUCGGUCAAGCAAUGGCGAGUUCCGAGGAGAAAGCUUAUGAGAUAAUGAGAGAACUAGACGUUAAUUACGUUCUUGUAAUUUUCGGAGGACUUACAGGAUAUUCAUCAGAUGAUAUAAACAAGUUCCUAUGGAUGGUGCGCAUCGGUGGAAGCACUGAAAAGGGCAAAUCUAUCACUGAAUGGGAUUAUUAUAAUUCUGCAGGGGAGUUCAGAGUUGACAAAGAAGGUUCUCCAAUUUUGCUCAAUUGUCUUAUGUACAAAAUGUGUUACUAUAGAUUUGGUCAAGUCUAUACCGAAGGAGGUAAACCGUCGGGGUACGAUAGAGUUAGGAAUAUGGAAAUUGGCAAUAAAGAUUUUGAAUUGGACAUGUUAGAAGAAGCUUAUACAACGGAACAUUGGCUGGUACGGAUUUAUAAGGUGAAGGAUUUAAGAAAUAGAGGAAAUUAAAAACUGUGGAAUAGCAAAACACGGAAGUAGCCACCACUUUGUAAACUACAUCAUAAUCUCGCUCGCUUAUAAGUUUUGUAAUUUUUUGAGAUACGAAUGUGGCGCUAAAUACAGAAAUACACAUUGAAAAUUACAUAGAAGCCAUUGCGGAAAAUGUAUUCAGGCCUCCUCAUAAACAUUAAUUUAGUAAAUAUAUUUAUCGAUUUGUACGGUGCUUCAGUCUUAGAAGUCUGUGUUCCAUUAUUAAAAAUGAAUAUAUUUUAUGCAAAUUUAUUAGUACCAAUCAGUCUUGAUAAAUGUUUUUAUAGAAAUAUAUAUACAUUAUCUUUUUUUAAUUUUAUAAUGUAUAAAGAAAAUACUCGUUUCUUUUUCAUAUUGUAAAUUAAUCGCACUGGAAUUCAAUCCACGAGGUAAUAAUAGCUUUAUAGUGUAGGAAUUAUAUUUGCACUAAAAGAAGAUCAGUUAACCUUUGUAAUCGAAACGGUACAUUAUAAGCUUAAAUACUGCAGCAUCAUCUGUGCGUUUAAGCAGCAUUAUACGGAGCGUGGAAGAAAAUACCAAUCGCUCUUAGGUUAUUGGUGAUGCAUGUAUGCGUUGAUGAGAGGGAGGAGGGGGGGAGACCUUCUAAGGGUGGUCCAGUCAACUAUAGUAAAUAAUGACACUUCCCCCAGUAUAAUUAGAGAAAAACAUAUUUUUCCAAUGAUGUUUUUUCUAAUUACACUGAAAAUAGUUGGGAUUUGUUAUAGUUAUAUGAAUCCCUCAGAUAUGCCAUCUCAAUGUUCACAAGUUGUGUAAAUGCAUAUUCAUAAUAUGCGUUUCUUGAAAAUGUAAUUAGCAUCACCAUCCAUGUUUU